GUGUGGGAGGGCGGGGACAUUCCUCACCACGGAGAGCGGCGGCAGGAACUCGCUGGUCGUCCAGUUGGCAAAGUGACGAAGUUGUGCUCAGAAACUCAAGAGGCUCCAAAAAAAAACCAAACAACAACAACAGAAACAAACAACCAUGACCUCGACGAACAUGUUCCAAGGGCUGGAGAGCGGCUCCAAACCGAGCUCGAGGGUUUUGCAGCCUCCUGGAGGUGGCUCUAGUAACCUGUUUGGUGGCUAUGACGAUGAUGCUGCAGCAUCAAGAAGACCUAAUAAAAUGGCCUCUAAAGUGUUUGCUGCACCAGAGGAACCCCAGAAUGUACCCAGGCGCUCCAAUCCUCCAGGUGGGAAGAGUAGCGGAAUAUUUGGGGAAGCUGAACCUCCUGCUCAACCACAGAGACCCAUACCACCGGGUGGAUCAACUAGCAUCAUAUUUGGAGCUGCAGAAAGUGCACCUGUGAAAAGCCCAAGCAGAAGCCAUCCAAACAAGCCAGUGGACAAUCUAAGUGUGGGACCUGAACCUGAAUCACCAGCACCCGAGCCCAAGGUCAGCCAGCCUGAGGUGAAGGAAGCAGCUGUCCGCCCGGCUCCCGUGCCAGCCAAGGUAGAGCCUGCUGCCGUGCCUGAGCCCAAACCUGCUUCUUCCUCUUCCUCACCUCCUGAUGAUGAGACUUCUCUGAAGAAACAUGAGCCUCACCUCGGACCCAAGCCUCGCUCUCACAACAGGGUCCUCAACCCACCCGGAGGAAAAUCUAGUGUGGUAUUCUACUGAUCAGCGUAACACACCACUCCUCCCUGUUUUGUGUCUAUACACUCCUUGUCUGAUACCCCGCUAAUCUUCUCUCAUUCCUUCAUGCUUCUCCUCACCGUUAUUUCACCUGUACAUUUAAACACACACCAGGAAUUUUGUUCUUACGCCGGAUUCCAUGGUCAAAUAUGUUGUCCCUAACUUCUUGCACUUUCUCUCCCAUUUCUUGCUCCUUGCUCUUCGUUCAAGUUGUAUUGUUCUUCACUGAAACCUGCUAUCAUACAAUCAACUACCAGUGAGCUGUUAGUCACUUUGACAGUAUCAAUAUUGCGGUUACAUUUUUCUGUGUUUGAGCAUGUGCAACUGAAGUUUGGUUUAUUUGUCCUUCUUUAAAUCGUGUUUUUUGUAUCUCAAGAAAGGUUGAGACAACCGAAGAAGCUUUAAUUAUUGUGGAUUCUAAUGUUCUGGUGAAACUAAGACCCUUGCGUAGUUUCAUAGCAGGCUUUUCCUCAAAUAGUUUUUCCCAGACAGAACGGGGUGAAUAGAUCUUUCACCAUUUGUAAUAUGUGAAAUGUUUCAGGGAGUGCCACCUUUUUAUUUGCUGCCAGUUCCAACACAAAACCAUUUGUUUGGCAGUUAUUCCAAAUAAUGCAUGUUAGAAUUUGAACACAAUCACUUAAUGAGCAGACGCCUUAAAUCAUCUAAGUGUUCCUUCUUGCCUUGUUCUGAAUUUCAAUAUGUGUCUGGAGUAACACAAACAGUGUUCAGGGAGAGAUGCCAAAAAAUGACCCCAAAACAAAGACAAAUGCAACUGAUACUCCCCAAAUUCCUUAAAGAAAUUCCAUUUUGAUUUUAAUGCGAAUGUAUUGUGUGCAGGUACUUUCUGCUUUGUCCUCAUUGCUUGCGUCAUCUGAGAACAUGCCUUUUUUUUGCUUGGGGUAGGCCUCUGUUUAUGUUUUAAAUUAAAACGGCUGAAGACUGAACUCUGGACAAGCUCGUGGCCUACCUGAGUCUAGGUGGGCUCUUUGAUAAUCACCUUUUCAAUCACUUCACAAUGCACAUUCAUGCUAUUCGGGUGCCAGCCUGUCCCCAGUGUGUCCAUGUGCCUGGCAGGCAAUGAGCGCAGCGGAAGAAAGAUAUCCUGUGUAUUGCAAUAAAAUGUUGUUUUGCAUUUAGA